AUGGCCACCAACGGUACAACCAACGGCGAAACCGGCGCCGCUGCCGCCGCCGCCGCCCCCGCGCCUGUCGACACCACCCACACCCAGUCGCAGCGUUAUCUGAGCACUCGCGGAGAGGACAGCGGUUUCUCCUUCGAAGAGGUCGUUCUCAAGGGCCUUGCGAGCGAUGGCGGCUUGUUCAUCCCCGAGCACAUCCCCCAAGUUGGCGACUGGCAAUCCUGGAAGGACCUCUCCUUCCCUGACCUGGCCCACAAGAUCCUAUCUCUGUACAUCUCCCCGUCCGAGAUUCCCUCCGCCGACCUCAAGGGCAUCAUCGACCGAAGCUACUCCACCUUCAGAGCUCCCGAGACCACACCGCUCCGCCACCUCAACGACAACCUCUACCUCCUCGAGCUGUUCCACGGACCGACCUUUGCCUUCAAGGACGUUGCUCUACAGUUCCUCGGCAACCUGUUUGAAUACUUCCUUGUGCGCAAGAACGAGGGCAAGACUGGGAAGGAUAGGCAUCAUCUGACUGUUGUCGGUGCCACGAGCGGUGACACCGGCUCUGCCGCCAUUUACGGUCUGCGAGGCAAGAAGGAUGUCUCUGUCUUCAUCCUCCACCCCAAGGGCCGGGUGAGCCCCAUCCAGGAGGCCCAGAUGACUACCGUCCUGGACAACAACGUCCACAACCUUGCCGUCACCGGCACAUUUGACGACUGCCAAGAUAUCGUCAAGGCCCUCUUCGCCGACCCCGACAUCAACUCGACCCACAACCUCGGCGCCGUCAACUCCAUCAACUGGGCGCGUAUCCUGGCCCAGAUUGUCUACUACUUCCACUCCUACUUCUCCCUCGUCAAGUCCUCCGAAUCCUUCAAGCUUGGCGACAAGGUCCGCUUCGUCGUGCCUACGGGCAACUUCGGUGACAUCCUCGCCGGCUAUUUCGCUUUCCGCAUGGGUCUCCCCGUCGACAAGCUCGUCAUCGCUACCAACGAGAACGACAUCCUGCACCGGUUCUGGACGACGGGCAAGUACGAGAAACAGCCCGCACCUCCCUCGGAGGCCACUGGCGGCCUCGCUCAGGAUGGUGUCAAGGCGCACGAGGACGGGGUCAAGGAGACCCUCAGCCCUGCCAUGGACAUUCUGGUCUCAAGCAACUUUGAGCGUCUGCUGUGGUUCUUGGCCUACGAGUUCGCCUCAAGCGCCGGCAUGGACGACGAGUGGAACAAGAGGCAGGCUGGCCAGGAGGUGUCCGCUUGGCUUAAGGACCUCAAGACCAAGGGCGGUUUCGGCCCGGUCUACCAGGAUGUGCUCAACUCUGCCCGUCGUGAUUUUGAGAGUGAGCGCGUCAGCGAUCCUCAGACCGUUGAGACCAUCAAGAGCUACUACAACAAAAUCGGCUACGUACUGGACCCCCACUCCGCCAUUGGUGUCUCCGCAUCCGAGCGGUCCAUCAGCCGCGCGGGAGCCGAGGUGCCGCACAUCUCGCUCUCGACGGCCCACCCGGCCAAGUUCGCCGGCGCCGUCGACCUGGCUCUUAAGGAGGAGCCCGGGUUCAAUUUUCAGGAGAAGGUGCUGCCGACCGAGUUUGUCGGCCUGGAGGAGAAGGAAAAGAGGGUAACAGAGAUAACCAACGACUGGCAAAAGGUGCGCGAGGUCGUCAGAGCUCAGGUCGACGAGGAGCUCAAGGCUGCUGCCGAGAGCUGA